AUGUCUCUCCCCAAGACUUACAAGGCCAUGGUCACCCUCGAGGCCAAUGCCCCUUUCACCCUCCAGGAGCGCGAGCUCAAAACGCCCGGCCCCGGCCAAGUCCUCGUCAAGGUCCUCGCCUGCGGUGUCUGUUCAUCAGACGUCUCCGUCAUCACCGGCCAUGUGGGCCCCAUCUUCCCCCGAGUCACCGGCCACGAGCUUGUCGGCGACAUUGUUGCCGUUGGCGAAAACGUAACCCGCCUCACAGUCGGCCAGCGAGUCGGCGGCCCCUGGCACGGCGGCCACGAUGGAACUUGCCGCCAGUGCCAGCGCUCCCAAUUCCAGUAUUGCGAGAAACAGGCAAUCAACGGUGUCAGCUUCGACGGUGGCUAUGCUGAAUACGUUCUAUUGAGGGAUGAGGCCGCUGUGCGCGUGCCUAAGGAGGUUGAUGCGGCAGAGAUUGCGCCAUUCCUGUGUGCUGGAGUCACUGUCUUUAACGGAAUCCGCAAGUUGCAUGUCGAGCAGGGAGGAAAUGUCGUUGUCAAUGGCCUUGGUGGACUGGGUCAUCUUGCUGUUCAAUUCGCCAACAAGAUGGGCUAUGAAGUCAUCGCCCUCUCAUCGGGAGAUGACAAGGCUGCCUUUGCCAAAGAACUCGGCGCCCACCACUACAUCAACACCAAGACCUCUGAUGCCACCGCCGAGAUCCUCAAGCUGGGCGGUGCCGACAUCAUUGUGCAAACGGCUCCUAACCCCGAGAUGGUCAGCGCCCUCGUCAAGGCGCUGGCACCAGGUGGAAAGCUUCUCAACCUUUGCCUUCUCGGACCUGUUCCCAUCGACACUGUGUCUCUUGUUAUGAAAGGAUCGAGCGUUCACGGCUGGGCGAGUGGCCACGCCAUUGACAGCGAGGAGGCGAUUCAGUUUGCCGUCAGACACGGGAUCCGCUGCUUGAUCCAGCGAUACCCUCUGACGGAAGCACAGAAGGCGGUGGAUGACUUGAUUGCGGGAAAGCCUCGAUUCAGGAACGUGUUGGUGAUGGACCAGUGA